CGCCGGAGACCCCGCCGACAAAUUGCUGGUGGCGGCGCAGGCGCGCUGCGGGACUGGCGCGGGAACCUGGCUGCGGGUCGCAAUGCCGUACGCCAACCAGCCUACCGUGAGGAUCACGGAACUGACCGAAGAGAAUGUCAAGUUCAUUAUCGAGAACACGGACCUGGCGGUGGCCAAUUCCAUUCGGAGGGUCUUCAUCGCCGAGGUGCCCAUAAUAGCCAUCGACUGGGUUCAGAUUGAUGCCAAUUCCUCAGUCCUUCACGACGAAUUCAUUGCCCACAGGCUGGGAUUGAUCCCCCUCACUAGUGAUGACAUUGUUGACAAGCUGCAGUACUCCCGGGACUGCACAUGUGAAGAGUUCUGCCCUGAGUGUUCUGUGGAAUUCACUCUUGACGUGAGGUGCAAUGAAGACCAGACUCGCCAUGUUACCUCUCGAGAUCUCAUCUCCAACAGCCCCCGGGUUAUUCCUGUGACAUCCCGGAACCGGGAUAACGACCCCAAUGACUAUGUGGAGCAGGAUGACAUCCUUAUUGUCAAGCUGAGGAAGGGCCAGGAGCUUAGACUUCGAGCCUAUGCCAAGAAGGGCUUUGGCAAGGAACAUGCCAAGUGGAACCCCACUGCAGGGGUAGCUUUUGAAUAUGAUCCAGACAACGCACUUAGGCACACGGUGUAUCCCAAGCCUGAGGAAUGGCCAAAGAGUGAGUACUCCGAGCUGGAUGAGGACGAGUCACAGGCUCCCUAUGACCCCAACGGCAAGCCAGAGAGGUUUUACUACAAUGUGGAGUCCUGUGGCUCACUGCGCCCUGAAACCAUUGUCCUCUCAGCCCUGUCUGGGUUAAAGAAGAAGCUGAGUGAUUUACAGACUCAGUUAAGCCAUGAGAUCCAGAGUGACGUGCUCACUAUAAACUAGCCACGGUUCACCCUGUGCAGAAGACUAGGUUCAAGGUCUUCAGGUCUUGGGAACGAACCCUUCUGGUUUCUGGGCUCUGGACUGCAGCUGCUCAAAACUGCUAGAAGGUCACUGGAGAGAUUGCCAGGGGUUCUACUGGUGUUAGACAGGGCAGUUUUUCACUGGGCAUUUAGCAUUCUGGGCCCUACCUUGUUG